AUGUUCAUUGGCAAAAAAGCGCCAGCCGCCCUACGAAAGCAGCUAUGGCCUGUUUUUCCCACCUACAACAUCCUCGGCUCCCGAAAUAUCUACGUCAUGAGCCACGAGAGGCGCAAAAAGGCCGCCAAGCGCAAAUCAGACAAGCUCCAGCAAUGGGCAGAACAAGAAGAAAUGCGCUUGGCCCGCGAGAAAAACCAGCAGUACGCCAAGAAAUUGAAGGAGCUCAAGCAGCUCACACGCAGCGUGGCGUCGUAUGUGCGGACACGCGAGGCCCGCGAGCUCGAGGCCCAGAAGAUCCAAGAGCUUUCGUUGCCUUCGGAGCUUGGAAAAGGCUCCGAGCCAGCUGGUCUUGCGGCGCCUCGAUCGGCCAAGAUUGCCCCGUUUGACGCUUCGGCCGCGUCAUUAUCCACGUCCGCCGUGCCGUUGCCCCAGUCCAUCCAAGACCGCCUUGGUCUUGCGGUGAAGUACUUGGUGUCCAAAGACCACCAGAACUGGAGCAUCGUUCUCCAGCAGUUGGAAGCGGCAGGCGGCUUCGACGGUCUCCCUCAGAAAGACAUCCGCAAGAUGGUCUACGCCAUUCCUAAAGACCAGCUUCGGCACGUUUUCCCCCAGAUCGAGUCGCUUUUGGGCCAAGCAGGCCUUGCCGUGUCUCCCAAGUUGCUCAACACAUACAUCAAGAGUCUCAUGCUUGGAAGGACGUUGAACGAUGCUCAGAUUGCAUACAUCGAGGGGAUUGUGGCGAAGUUACGCCAGGAACCUGGUAAAGAGGGCAAGUUGGGCAAGCUUUCUCGUGCCACUUAUGAGCUUCUCAUCGAGGCAUACGGGAAAAACACCAACGUGGCGAAGAUGAACGAGGUGAUCCAGGAAAUGAAGGAGCUCGGGCUCCAACUCUCUCCCGUUGUGUACACCAAUGUUCUCUCCACGUGUGUGUACAAAACCAGAGACCACCAGCAAGCGGUCAAGUUGUUCGACCUGAUGAAGUUUCUCGCAGGGUCGAUGGCGCCGCAAACUCGCGAGUACCAGGACAUUAUCGUUUCGUAUGUCAACAACGACGACAUCGAGAAGGCGUUGGAUCUCUACCAGGAGAUGUUGGACCAGAAACUCGACUUCAACCAGAAUAUCAUGGUGGCGUUGGCCCGCGGAUGUAUGUCUCGAGAACAGCUCCGUUUCAAGGCGUGGGACUUCAUUUUCGAAAUCUACCGCUGUGGCUGGGAACCCACGGCAAACACCCUUGAGUAUAUGCUCUACUUGGCCUCGAAGGACGGUGAUUUGGCGUUGGCCAGAGCUCUUUACCAGCAGCUCAACAUCUCCAACGCCUUGUCGCCCCGGGCAUUUUCGUUUCUUUUCCUUGCCUACGCUCGAAGCAAUGUUGGCAAGCUGAUCGAAGAGUUCCAGCCUUUUGCCAUUACGGUGCACGAGGAGGGAAGAAACUUCCGGCGCAAUAUUCUUGAAAAGGUGGAUCUCACUCCCACCACCGAGAAUCCAAAACAGGCGGUUCCGUAUCUUCCUAAAAUUUCGCUCUCUACACCACAGGAAGUUUUGGCUGAAUCCAGUGCUGUCAUGGCCCAUGCUCUCAUGGUAAACAGAGAGUUUGUGAAUGUGGAAAGUGUCACGACGUUUCUCAAUGUUGCGGCCCGAAUGGGCUCUCUAGACGAUUUCAUCGACCGUUAUGAAGAGUUUACAUUCUUGGACAAGACAGGAGUGACAGAAACGAAAACAGUCAUUGAGCCGGAAAUCUUGGAAUCGACAAGUGUGCUUCUUGCACCAAAGGAGCCCAGUCCAACCAAGUCACCCAUUUUGGCCCAAGUCACAGAAAGCCAAAAGUCGGCUUUCAAAAUGCCCAGAAACACAAUCACCUAUCUUAUUGCGUUGAAGGCUGCAGCCAAGCAUAAAAACUACAUUUUUGCACAGAAAGUCUGGACUGAAAGAGGAACAUACAGAAAGUCUGCCGGCUUCAGAAAUUUACCAAAAUCCGAGAAGGAAAAAUUGGACUUUAGCUUUGCAAGCGGUAUGGUCAAUUGCCUUACUGACAUGAAGCUUCUAGAUGAUGCUCUAGCGAUUUUGGUGAGUACAGAAUACCAGUUCAAAUGGACUUGGAAAGAAUUGCUGCAUCUCUAUGCUGCAGCUGCUGAAGCUGGUUAUGACAAGGUAACCAAAACCAUUCGAGGUGUGGUGAAAAGAGCACAAAUCAACUUCGAGGGGAAAAUUAGGAGGAAGGAUUACAAAAAAUACGUCAUGGAAAGAGGCUACUAA